AAAAAUAUGUAAAGGUUCGAAAGUGAAUUGAAUACAGAAGGGGAAUCAUAAGCAGCUUAUACAAGAUUCGAGUCAUCCCCAUCAGUUGGAUAAUUAUCAGGUACACAUUUAGAGAAAUAAACAAUAAUAAAAUCAACUCUAAUUGCAACAAUUGGAUCAUUCAUAUUUACAUAUGGUAUAUUGGCAUCAUCAGGAAAUAAUAUGGCAAUAUUGGUCAUAUUAUUCUUAAGUAUUUUAAUGACUGAUCGUUUGACUGUAUUUAAUCCAGCUGUUAGCUUUAUUGAUUUAUUGAGUGCUCGAAUAGGAUUUUAAGAAUUUAUGUUUAAUGUAUUAGGAUAAGUUGGUGGUAGUUUAUUAGGUGCAAUGGUGUGUUUCUUUGUUCUAUAAGAUUUUACAAAUGCACCAUAUUUAGAUGCUAAGAUUGGUGAUAAUUUAAUUGGAGUAUUAGAAUAUAUUCAUUAAGUAUUUAGUCAGUUGAAGGAGAAUUAUUUGGAUCGAUUCUAUUUAUGAUUGUUUUAGUAUUAUAAGAGGAUGACUAUUUGAGAUUUACAGAUGAUAAAUUAGAACAUGCUCUUGUUAUCACUUUAGGAUUUGGUGCAGCACGCAUCUUAUCAUCUGAAGGAUAAUCACUCUUCAAUCCAGCAUUUGCUUUUAGGUAUUCAUAUAACCAUAUUUAUAGUUUGGAAUUAUUUGAAUGUAUUUAAGAUGGCUCUUGGGGUAGAUUUGGAUUCUUAUGGGUAUUCACUUGUACUCCAUUUAUGGCAGCUGUUGUUGCUAUUAUGUUCAAUAGCCAAAUAUAUAAGAGAUUCUAUGAUAAGAAAAUUUAAUAUGGAUUUUGAUUUAUUAAUUAUCUAUUAUACAUUUAUAAAAG